AUGCCCCAGGCUCCUUCUUGGGCGCCUGGCGCUCUGCAGUUUGGCUGCGACAGCGGCGUCCCGCUGUGCACGGACCCCUUGGGACUGGCGGGUCUCUAUCUCGGGGGCUCAGAGGGGUUAAUUCGAGGCGGCGGGAUUGGGUCUGCCCUAUCCGUGGGGGCAGCAUCGUCGCCGUUUGCUGGGCUCGGGGCGGAAUUCGGGAAGAUGAACGCCCAGGAGAUCAUGGACGCCAAGGCGCUCGCCGCCUCCAAAAGCCACAGCGAGGCAGAACGCCGCCGGCGGGAGCGUAUCAACACCCACCUCGCCAAACUGCGCAGCUUGCUCCCCAGCACCACCAAGGUGAGACCUUUACGCCUCCAUCAGCCACAAUUCACCGCCCACAGCAUACCCAUGAGGACACCAAUAAUGAAACCUAGUAACCUUCACAUGCCAAUUGAGCGUAAUCGUAUUCUACGAGUGGUUUGAUUCGCUUAGAGUAGCAUUCUAUUUACUAAUGAUCCAUCGGAGAUCUUCCUCAGAUGGUCCUUUCAUUGGACUGAAUACUGAUGUGUUGGAAUACUCUUGGGUCGCUCUCCUUCCUCUUUAUCCCGCUGUCCCUCUCACCGCCUCCUCUCUCUCCAUCUCUCUCUCGCUCCCCCUCCCUCUCUCGCUCUCUUAGAAGCUUUUUUAGAAGCUGCUGGGAAGAGGAAGGGGCGAAACAAGGGUAGAGGCUGGAGCCGGGCCGGCCACUUGACAGGAUAAACCUAGUCCAUUGGAUGGAGGAAAUGUUACCGUCGAGCUGCGGAACCUAGCUUACCGUAACUCCGGCGGCAACAAAAAGAAAAAGCUUCCAUGGGAGUUUGUUUUACAGGAACAGCGUGAUACGAUAGGAAAGACAAACCCACAUUCCUGUCAGAUAGAAAUAGGGAGAGUUACAGACGUAAAGAGAGAUAGAAAGAGCCUAGCUUUGUCUUUGUAGCCUAUCCACAGCAUAAGUGCAUGCGCACAACUCAAUCCGAUAAGGUCUACACUCUCUUCUCCUUCUUCUUCUUCUUCUUCUUCUUCUUCUUCUUCUUCUUCUUCUUCUUCUUCUUCUUCUUCUUCUUCCGCAGCUUAACCUGAUACGCGUGUCUCUAGCUCUUCCAUCCCUCGUACUCCUCCAUCAAAUCCCGUCUUCUACUCCAUACUGUUCGGACGUUUCAUGACUGCACUCUGAUCUUAUAGACUGAGUUCAUUUGUUUUUUCCUAUAGACCGACAAGGCCUCUCUUCUGGCGGAGGUGAUUCAACACGUCAAGGAGCUGAAGCGCCAGACGACGGAGAUCGCAGAGGAGAGCCCGGUGCCAACCGAGUCAGACGAGCUCACCGUGGACUCCGCGAGUGACGAGGAAGGCAGGUUCAUAGUGAGGGCCUCGCUGUGCUGUGAGGACCGGUCGGACCUCCUCCCCGAUCUCAUCAAAGCACUCAAAUCUCUCAAGCUGCGGGCUCUCAAGGCUGAGAUCACGACCCUCGGUGGCCGAGUCAGGAACGUGCUCGUCAUUGCCUCGGAGAACGAUGAUGACACCGGCGACCCCGACUUUGCCUCCCGCCGCCAUCAGUCCAUCGCGACGGUACACGAAGCACUCAAGGCUGUUAUGGAGCGGACGUCUACCUCUGAGGAACCCUCGAGCGCCACCGCCGGUGGCGGAAGCGGCGGUGGCGUGAAGAGGCAGCGGACGACUGGUCUGUCCAGUAUACUCGAACACACGUCCAUCUAA